ACGCGCUCCCUGCUCGGUGUUUUUGAGGAGGAUGCAGCUGCUAUAUCUAAAUACUCCCAGCAGCUCUUCCAGGCCAUGCACAGAAUCUACGAUGCACAGGUGAGCAAUGACCUCUGGGAUACGCUCAUGCCAGUUAGUGUUCAGGCUUUUAAAAACAAGCAAAAAUGCAAGCAUGCACGCACUCAUACUCUCUCACACACACACACCUUUUCUUUAUAUUGCUCCUAGAGCAAAUGAAAUGAAACUGACAUGACUCCUUUUUCAGAAUGAGUUGAGUGCUGCCACCCAUCUCACCUCCAAACUUCUGAAGGAGUAUGAGAAACAGGUAGGCCUAUGUUCUCAGUGUCAACAUGCUGGGAUGAUGUACAGAAUGUAUUUAUUUUUGUCGAUUUAUCAUUGAAUUGUCAAUGAGGCUAUGUUUUCUAUGGCACAUUGAUGCGCUAAGUAGUAAGUGAAACAUACAAACACGUUGUUGUCGAUAUCAUUAGGGCCAGGCAAAAAUGUGAGUUUUGCCUGACCAUGUGACCUGACCAGGAAAAAACUGAGCCCUAGUUAGUUUUUCUCUGUUCAGGAAAUGCUUGCACUCCUCUUUUUCAUGCAUUGAAUGGACUGACUCGGUCCCUCCAGAUAAGAGCGUCUGCUAAAUGACUAAAACGCAAAUGUAAAAUGGAUUAGGGCUGACUUUAGGCUGUCUUUGCAGCGUUUCCCACUUUGCUGCGACGACGAGGUCAUGAGCUCCACUCUGCAGCAGUUUGCCAAAGUCAUAGACGAGGUGAGAACACACAGCGGGUCCGCUGCUCUGCCCUCAUCAACCCAUCCUCCUCACUGUGGCACGCUGCUGUUCAAAUAGGACGACACUGGUUUAACCUUCUCUCUCUUCUCUCUGUCGUAAUCUCGACCUUUCUUAAUUACACUACACUAUACACACGCUCUCACUCUGCACUUUAACCUCUCCCUACUUUUCUUUCCUCCAUUCUCUUCAUCUUAACCGCUCUUUCUUCUCUUUCUUUCUUCUAUUGCUUCCUCCAUUCUGUCCAUUGUAACUUCUCCCUUUCCUUCUCUCUGUCUUAACCUCUCCCAUCGUUCCCCCCGCAAAGGCUACUCUCUCACUCUUCACCUCAAGCCAUCCCAUCCAUCUUUCUUCCUUCUCUCUAACCUCCCCUACCUGUCCUCUCCACCUGUGCGAUGAGCGACACGACACAUUUCCCUGAGGAUAUUCAAUAAUGUAACUAACCUAUCUUCUCUCCCACAGCUGAGUUCCUGUCAUGCAGUGCUGUCCACUCAGCUGGCUGAUGCCAUGAUGUUCCCCAUCACUCAGUUUAAGGAGAGGGACUUAAAAGGUAAGACUUUAAGGAGUUCCAUUCUCAUUUUGUUUUGUUUAUAUAGAGAUCAUUUACAUUUAUGAGAGAUGGAGACGGAUCACAGGGAUGAAUGGUGAAGAGGUGGACCUGGGGAUCGAACCCUGGUCUCCAAGGGCAUGUAGUUUGAAGGUGGCUGCGCUUGGUAGUGCCAGAUUGUGAGCAGUUUGAAAUGGACGUUAACCUUCUCUCUCUCCCCUACAGAGAUACUGACCCUGAAGGAAGUGUUCCAGAUAGCCAGCGAUGGUGAGUGAGAUCUAUUCAGUAAAACAUGAAAACAAAUGUUGUUGUGAUAUGGCAUGAUGUCUUGUUACAAGCACAUGUUGUAAUUGUAAUAACCACUCUUCACAUUUUCUGUCUACAGAUCAUGACAUGGCCAUCAACCGAUACAGCCGUCUCUCUAAAAGGAGGGACAAUGAGAAGGUACAGUGUUCUUUUUUUGGGAACUUGAUAUUCUUAUUGGAGAUGUUUAUUAAUAUAACAUGACAUUGUUGUAACAAUAACUUCCUCACCAAAUAAAACCUGACAUGUGUGUGCCCAUGCGUGUGCAUGUCUGUGGGCGCGCGUGUGUGUGUGUCUUCUCUCCAGGUGAAGGGCGAGGUGAUGGAGGAUGUGUACACCUCCAGGAAGAAGCAGCACCAGACCAUGAUGCACUACUUCACAGCCCUCAACACGCUGCAGUACAAGAAGAAGAUUUCCCUGCUGGAGCCUCUGCUGGGAUACAUGCAGGCACAGGUACAUCAGCCUUACUUUCUCUCUCUCUCUCUCUCUCUCUGUAUUUCUUUCUCUCUCUCUGCUCAAGUGUAUGCUCUGAUCAGCAUGUCUGUCUCUCUGUAUCUCCCAGAUCAGCUUCUUCAAGCUGGGAUCAGAGAACCUCACCCAGCAGUGGGAAGACUUCCUCACCGACAUAGGAACCAGUGUUCAGAAGUAGGCUUAAUCUCCUAGCCCCUAACCCUAGGAAUUUGUAGAGAUCUGAAAAGAUUGGAUAGCUGUCAGCAAUGGUGGUUGCUCCAUCUUUCCGUCUGUUAGGCCAGUUGGAAUUGACGUAUUGCUUACAAUGUUUUUACGGCCGGGCGUGUAAUGUGUGUGGUUGUGUCCAGUGUCCGCAGGGAGAUGGCCGGGGAGGUGGAUGUGAUGCAACAGACCAUCCAAGACAUGGAGCAGGCCAAUGACCUCCUCUACAUGCCCGACCCUGACCCCAGCCAGGUUCCUGUCAACCGCAACCUCACACGCAAGGCCGGCUACCUCAACACUCGCAAGUAAGAAAUAACUGCCUAGCCAAACAAACUGACCUUCCUCAGUCCUGCAACAAUGUUGUUCAAGACCAACAUAUAUUUUAAAUAAACACUUGCAUUAGUAAAUAAAAUAAAAAGGUUUUAUUCAUUUCUAGUGAAAGUGAAUACGGUCCUAAAUGCCUUCAUCAGAACGACAAUAUGUUUCAACCAUGUUUUUACUCCUGAAUGUAUUCCCUAAGUAAAACGGGCCUAGUGUCUUCAUCCUGGGACCGGCAGUACUUCUUCACCCAGGGAGGGAACCUGAUGAGCCAGGCGCGGGGGGAUGUGGCGGGGGGUCUGGUCAUGGAUAUAGACAACUGCUCCGUCAUGGCCGUGGACUGUGAGGACCGACGCUUCUGCUUCCAGAUCACAUCCUUCGACGGCAAGAAGUAAAUGACUACAUAUUAAAGCUUUAUAAACUAGUUAUAACAGCUUAUGAAGAUGUAUUAUUACCUAGUUAUAACAGCUUAUGAAGCUUUCUAACUUAGUCCCAACAAAUAAUUAUUUCCACAGAAGUUACUGAUGUGCUCGGUCUUUGUUUUAGAGUGGCCAUCUUGCAGGCAGAGAGCAGGAAGGAUUGUGAAGAGGUGAGACAACAGUUUUAGUGAAAUGUAUUGUAGAUGUAUUGUAUAAAUGUAUGCAUUUCCGUCUGACUGUAUAAUGUAGGUGUGGUAUCUCCUAAUAACAUUGUCCUGUGCUCCUCUUUCCUCCCUCAGUGGAUUGCAACGAUUAACAACAUCUCAAAGAGGAUUUAUCUCAGUGAGAACCCAGAGGUGAGUAUCAUGCUAUGCUCUGGAAAAGCCUGUGCUUGCAUCAUCUUUAUAUUUAGUACAUAUUAUCAUAGAUAGAGCAAUGCUCCAACACCCCUGUGUGUGUCUAUGGUGUGACAUUCACCUAGCCAGUGCUGGAUGUCUGGGAUGGGAUGUGGUUAGUGUGAAUCUCAUCUCCCCUCUUUCUCUCUCUUGCCGAGCUGUUGUCAAGCGCAUUUCCUCUUUGCUGAAAUGCCCUCUUUCUAUUGGCAGGAAAUCGCAGCCAGAGUGAACCAAUCAGCUCUUGAGGCUGUGACACUGUCUCCCUCCUUCCAGCAGAGGCAUGAGAGUAUGCGGCCGAGCACGUGGGUGUCUGAACCGUCUCUCUUCACACAAUCAUACACUUCAUUAUUAGGGCCAGGAGUUUUUCCUGAUCUGACUACCAAAAUCUCUAGGCCUUGGUUAUAUACAGUACAGUCGAUAACUAGCCUAGCCUGUAACUUGGAGACUAGUGUUUUUCCUGGUUUAGUCACAUGGUCUGGAAAAACUCCUGACCCUACUGUAGUUAGAGGUUUCUUGAUCAUACAGUGAGAGAAAAAAGUAUUUGAUCCCCUGCUGAUUUUGUACGUUUGCCCACUGACAAAGAAAUGAUCAGUCUAUAAUUUUAAAGGUAGGUUUAUUUGAACAGUGAGAGACAGAAUAACAACAAAAAAAUCCAGAAAAACGCAUGUCAAAAAUGUUAUAAAUUGAUUUGCAUUUUAAAUAGGGAAAUAAGUAUUUGACCCCCUCUCAAUCAGAAAGAUUUCUGGCUCCCAGGUGUCUUUUAUACAGGUAACGAGCUGAGAUUAGGAGCACACUCUUAAAGGGUGUGUUCCUAAUCUCAGCUUGUUACCUGUAUAAAAGACACCUGUCCGCAGUAGCAUUCAAUCAAUCAGAUUCCAAACUCUCCACCAUGGCCAAGACCAAAGAGCUCUCCAAGGAUAUCAGGGACAAGAUUGUAGACCUACACAAGGCUGGAAUGGGCUACAAGACCAUCGCCAAGCAGCUUGGUGAGAAGGUAACAACAGUUGGUGCGAUUAUUCGCAAAUGGUAGAAACACAAAAGAACUGGCAAUCUCCCUCUGCCUGGGGCUCCAUGCAAGAUCUCACCUCGUGGAGUUGCAAUGAUCAUGAGAACGGUGAGGAAUCAGCCCAGAACUACACGGGAGGAUCUUGUCAACGAUCUCAAGGCAGCUGGGACCAUAGUCUUCACUACGCCGUGAAGGACUGAAAUCCUGCAGUGUCCGCAAGGUCCCCCUGCUCAAGAAAGCACAUAUACAGGGCCUUCUGAAGUUUGCCAAUGAACAUCUGAAUGAUUCAGAGGAGAGCUGGGUGAAAGUGUUGUGGUCAGAUGAGACCAAAAUCGAGCUCUUUGGCAUCAACUCAACUCGCCGUGUUUGGAGGAGGAAUGCUGCCUAUGACCCCAAGAACACCAUCCCCACCGUCAAACAUGGAGGUGGAAACAUUAUGCUUUUGGGGUGUUUUUCUGCUAAGGGGAAAGGACAACUUCACCGCAUCAAAGGGACGAUGGACUUGGCCAUGUACCGUCAAAUCAUGGAUGAGAACCUCCUUCCCUCAGCCAGGGCAUUGAAAAUGGAUUGUGGAUGGGUAUUCCAGCAUGACAAUGACCCAAAACACACGGCCAAGGCAACAAAGGAGUGGCUGAAGAAGAAGCACAUUAAGGUCCUGGAGUGGCCUAGCCAGUCUCCAGACCUUAAUCCCAUAGAAAAUCUGUGGAGGGAGCUGAAAGUUUGAGUUGCCAAACGUCAGCCUCGAAACCUUAAUGACUUGUAGAAGAUCUGCAAAGAGGAGUGGAACAAAAUCCCUCCUGAGAUGUGUGCAAACCUGGUGGCCAACUACAAGAAACGUCUGACCUCUGUGAUUGCCAACAAGGGUUUUGCCACCAAGUACUAAGUCAUGUUUUGCAGAGGGGUCAAAUACUUAUUUCCCUCAUUAAAAUGCAAAUCAAUUUAUAACAUUUGUGACAUGCGUUUUUCUGGAUUUUUUUGUUGUUAUUCUGUCUCUCACUGUUCAAAUAAACCUACCAUUAAAAUUAUAGACUGAUCAUGUCUUUGUCAGUGGGCAAACGUACAAAAUCAGCAGGGGAUCAAAUACUUUUUUCCCUCACUUUACCUGUAUUCUUAUGUUAAAUGCAGCUAGCAUCCCUCUUUUCCAUCUCUCUAACCUCCAUCUCUUUUCUGUUCCCUCGGUCCCAUCCAUCCAUCUCUACAUCUCUCCGUCCCGUGUAGACAAGGGCGGCCGCAGGCAGCGCGGGCCAGCAGUGUGAGCUCGGCAGGCUCUGAGGCGCCCUCCCCGGCCCUCUCAGUCCUCUCAUUGGACGCACUGGUGGCUCCAAACACGCCCAUCCAGUUUGACAUCAUCUCUCCAGUCAGCGAGGAGGACACAGGACAGGUCAAGGCUGCCGGACAGGGCAGGUCGGUACUAACUAUCCAGGGCUUCCUUAACGGUGUAUAGGCAGGACUAGCCCAUCGUGUUUGUUGAAUAGAAAAUAGUUCUGAGUCUACUACACUGUGUCAGUCGUGUUCUUAAGAGGCGGGUGUGUUUCUUUGCUCCCUGUUUUUGAAAGAAGGACCAAUCCUUUUGGUGAAUCAGGAGACACACCAGCUGAGGAGAGUGAAGGUAGGUGUCCCUCUUGUGAGUGUUUCUCAGGUGGUCAGGUUAAAAGCUAAAGAUGAAUUUCCAUGAAAAAUCAAAUACAAUGGACAGUGUGUUUGUGUGUGUGUCUGUGUCCACCCAGACUCUAUCCUGCACCAGCUGUUCAUUGUGCGUUUCCUGGGUUCUAUGGAGGUGAAGAAUGCAGACAGCUCUGACGUCAUCAAUGAGACCAUGCGACAGAUCCUAGCAGCCAGGGCCAUACACAACAUCUUCAGGAUGACUGAGUCUCACCUGCUGGUCACCUGCGAAUGCCUCAAGUGAGAGACAAGCUCUUUGCCCUUAUUAUACAGUCAUGGAAAUUCAUUCAAUUCAGGCUUAUCCUCUGUGUUGUUUUGUUUUCAGGCUAAUCGAUCCUCAGACACAAGUCACACGGCUGAGGGUAGGCAUGUGACUGAUUGAUUUGACGUAUUAUCACUGUCAAGAUGCAUGAGAUUGUCUAGUCUAGACUUGAUGUUUCACGUGACUUCUUAAUUUCCUUCUCCCUCCUGCCUUUCGUUCCCCCCACCCCCAUCUCUCUCCCUUUCUCUCUCCCGCUCUCGCUCCCUCUUCCGCUCUCUCUCCCUCCCCCAGUUCCCUCUCUCCAGUGUGGUGUUGUGUGCUGCCCACCAGGAGAACAAGCGUCUGUUUGGAUUUGUUCUGCAGACAGCAGAAGGCAGGGUGGACGGACAACCAAUCACUGUCUGCUACAUCUUUGAGUCCAACAAUGAUGGGGAAAAGGUAGAUUCUGCUCUGCUGUGUAGCCUUUCUUCUUCCAUGAUGUGUAGGUAGUUAAAGGCUGUAAAUAGGGCAUAGAGUGUUUCCUGGUAAAGCACACAUGCAAAUGUGUUUUUAUGGUCAGCAACAAGUCCUGGCUAGGAGUAAGCAUGUUGUGUCUGUGUAGUGAUGGCACUAUCAGUUAAAACAGCGUAUAGUUUCCAUGUUGUGGCAAAAGGAAGGCAUUUGCAUGUGUGUCUACUGUUACCCAUGGUCAUUUUCUGUUACAGUGGGAAAAAAGUAUUUAGUCGGCCACCAAUUGUGCAAGUUCUCCCACUUAAAAAGAUGAGAGGCCUGUAAUUUUCAUCAUAGGUACACGUCAACUAUGACAGACGAAAUGAGGAAGAAAAAUCCAGAAAAUCACAUUGUAGGAUUUUUUAUGAAUUUAUUUGCAAAUUAUGGUGGAAAAUAAGUAUUUGGCAAUAACAAAAGUUUCUCAAUACUUUGUUAUAUACCCUUUGUUGGCAAUGACACAGGUCAAACGUUUUCUGUAAGUCUUCACAAGAUUUUCACACACUGUUGCUGGUAUUUUGGCCCAUUCCUCCAUGCAGAUCUCCUCUAGAGCAGUGAUGUUUUGGGGCUGUCGCUGGGCAACACGGACUUUCAACUCCCUCCAAAGAUUUUCUAUGGGGUUGAGAUCUGGAGACUGGCUAGGCCACUCAAGGACCUUGAAAUGCUUCUUACGAAGCCACUCCUUCGUUGCCCGGGCGGUGUGUUUGGGAUCAUUGUCAUGCUGAAAGACCCAGCCACGUUUCAUCUUCAAUGCCCUUGCUGAUGGAAGGAGGUUUUCACUCAAAAUCUCACGAUACAUGGCCCCAUUCAUUAUUUCCUUUACACGGAUCAGUCGUCCUGGUCCCUUUGCAGAAAAACUGCCCCAAAGCAUGAUGUUUCCACCCCCAUGCUUCACAGUAGGUAUGGUGUUCUUUGGAUGCAACUCAGCAUUCUUUGUCCUCCAAACACGACGAGUUGAGUUUUUACCAAAAAGUUAUAUUUUGGUUUCAUCUGACCAUAUGACAUUCUCCCAAUCCUCUUCUGGAUCAUCCAAAUGCACUCUAGCAAACUUCAGACGGGCCUGGACAUGUACUGGCUUAAGCAGGGGGACACGUCUGGCACUGCAGGAUUUGAGUCCCUGGCGGCGUAGUGUGUUACUGAUGGUAGGCUUUGUUACUUUGGUCCCAGCUCUCUGCAGGUCAUUCACUAGGUCCCCCUGUGUGGUUCUGGGAUUUUUGCUCACCGUUCUUGUGAUCAUUUUGACCCCACGGGGUGAGAUCUUGCGUGGAGCCCCAGAUCGAGGGAGAUUAUCAGUGGUCUUGUAUGUCUUCCAUUUCCUAAUAAUUGCUCCCACAGUUGAUUUCUUCAAACCAAGCUGCUUACCUAUUGCAGAUUCAGUCUUCCCAGCCUGGUGCAGGUCUACAAUUUUGUUUCUGGUGUCCUUUGACAGCUCUUUGGUCUUGGCCAUAGUGGAGUUUGGAGUGUGACUGUUUGAGGUUGUGGACAGGUGUCUUUUAUACUGAUAACAAGUUCAAACAGGUGCCAUUAAUACAGGUAACGAGUGGAGGACAGAAGAGCCUCUUAAAGAAGAAGUUACAGGUCUGUGAGAGCCAGAAAUCUUGCUUGUUUGUAGGUGACCAAAUACUUAUUUUCCACCAUAAUUUGCAAAUAAAUUCAUAAAAAAUCCUACAAUGUGAUUUUCUGGAUUUUUUUCCUCAUUUCGUCUGUCAUAGUUGACGUGUACCUAUGAUGAAAAUUACAGGCCUCUCUCAUCUUUUUAAGUGGGAGAACUUGCACAAUUGGUGGCUGACUAAAUACUUUUUUCCCCCACUGUAUCUCUGAGUGUAUGUUGUUGUUCUCCUUUCAGAUCUGUGACAGUGUGGGGCUGGCCAAACAGAUAGCUUUCCACUCAGAGAUGGUAAGAAAUGUGAGACUCUGUUCUAGUGGAAUUCAUUUGUUAAGAUGAAUCUUCGUUACUCAUGUGGGACCUUUACUGUUUUAAUGUUUUUGCUGAUUCAGGAUCGCAAAGCUACGGAGAAGAGGAAGGAGCAGGACAAGGCCAAGGAGAAACAGCAGGAGGAGCUGAGUAAACAGAAACAGAUAGAAAAGGUACUGUCAGUGUCCCAGAAAAUCGUAUCAAUUUCCAUUGAAAAAAUUUACAAUAUAGUAUCCUAUUCUCGUUGACUUAUAAAUCAACGCCUAUCUUGACCAGUUUCCUGUCUAUAAUCAUAACUUUACUACCCUCUGUGUUCGAUCAUGUCACAGUAAACUGAAUGAUUGAUUAAUCAAUUAAUCUGAAUGAAACCACAGGACCUAGAGGAACAGAGCUGUUUGAUUGCUGCCUUCAGUCGCCCCACCCCCCUUGCCGCUGGCACUGACGGACAGUUCCUGGUGCUGAGCAACAGCCAAUCAGAGGACAGUGAUGCAGGAGUGGAGGAGCGGGAGAAGGGAGAGUCAGAGGCCUAA